AUGCGGAUAGAUCUCGUCUUUGCCCUGCUCGCCGUCGCCGUCGCAUUUGUCAAUUCGGCGAAGGUGCUAUUCAUGCCUAGCACUCUCUAUCCAAUGCACGGGUACACCAUGAAACAUCUAGCAAAUGAGCUGGCACGACGGAAACAUGACAUCACUUGGCUGGAGUACGGACCAGUACAGUCAAAGACGACACUAUCGAAAGCCGUGAAGAGAGUUUACUGGCCGGUACAAUUCGAUCAACAAGUCUUCAGCGACAUUUUCGUACAUCGCAAUCACUCUGUCCACGACCAACUAUGGGACCCGCAUUUCGAUCACCCAAACGAACAAACAACUGCGUGGCUGGCCUCAGUAAGAUUGUGUGAUCGACUCCUGGCCAAAAGCAAAUCGAAGUUUGACCAGUUGGUCAAGGAAAGAUUCGACACGGUCAUCGUUGACGAUCUGUAUAAUCCAUGCGGUUUGCUACAAGUCGCUCUUAAAGGCAAGUUCAUCAAAAUUCCAUGCUCUGUUUACAUCUACUGGAGCAUGACGGCUCUUCGAACUGAAUCCGCUUGGGCAAAUCAGAGCCCAUCACCACCAAGUUAUUUGCCUGUACCCGGAACGAAGCUCACAGAUGAUCUCAACUAUUUCCAACGCACUUUCAAUCUGGCUUCUUAUCUCCGAGCCUUGUAUAUUCAUCAUCACAUAGUUUUGCCAAGAAUUGAUGCCAUUUUUCAGAAGCACUAUCCUGGAGUAGCCGCCGCUUUUGAUAUUGAACGAAAUGCUUCGAUCAACUUCGUGAACAAUCCGCCUAUUUUCGACUUUGCACGGCCUUACAUGCCACGAGUGAACUUCGUCGGAGGACUGCACUGUAGAAAUGCGACUAAACUGCAAGGGGUAGGAUUUACUAUGAUCGUUUUUAUAGAAAUCGUCUACUUCUAUCAGUUAUCUUACACAACUUUGCUUUGGUACUUUCAAAUUUUUUUCUGA